UUUCUAAGUAGCAGAUACGGUCUACUCAGAUUCUUUUGUUUGUGAACCAAGUUAGAUAAGAAAAUAAUGCAAGGUCAUUCAUAAAAAAAGAGUGCAUUUUUAAAAAAAGAGUUAGUUAAUUUGGAAACUUGCAUAUAAACUGUCUUAUGUUUUCAGAGCGCAUUGCAUUUGUUUUGUAGCACUCAUGCUGUUAUAUUAAAGGGAGUUAUCAAUUUGUUUUGGAAUUCGUGUGCAGAAAUUUAAACUCUAUUCAGGGCUGUUAAUUUCUCAGAAAAGUUAGCACAAAUAACUGAGGUUUUUAGAAAAUGAAAAUUAAAGAAAAAAUUCCACAAAGUAUAUCUGUGAAUGCAAGAGUAUGUGUAACAAUUACAUACAAAAUGAAAACAAUAAACUAAGCAAUGAAGUUGUGGACUCUUCAGAAGCUGUGCUUGAAGAAUUUACUUUGAACAAUCCAAAAAGUGUACAAGCAGAUGGAAAGAUUCCUACGAAACGAUUUCGAACUAAUCCUAAACAGCAAAAGGAAGUAAUUGAAGAACUUUUUGAUAAGCAGAAAGCUGUUGUGACUGAAAGAUCAUUUAUGAACUUGAAAGGUAAUAAAAGAUUUAAGAGUGAUGUAUGGAGUUGGUUUGGUGAUAUUAAAUUAUUAAUAAGUCGGAGUGAAGCAAAAAAACUAAAGAUACCUUAUUACAUUAGGUACUGUGGUGGUGAACAGAUGAUGCUUUCAAAAAUGUUUGUAGCUUGCUUUAAAUGUACAGCAUUAUUUAUUCACAAUAGUCAAAAAUCUGGUACUUCCACACUUCGAGCACACAUGAAGGUAUGUUCAAGACCUAAAUCCAGAAGAAAAAGAGGCUCACCAACAAUAAUAUUCUUCCCUAGUAAAACUAACAACACUUUGAAAGACAUUGCAAUAUCUGAUUUUGAAAAACAUUCGACACAAGACCACAUUAUGAAUUUUAUUUUAAGUAGCCUUAGCAAUUUUGAUAUUGUUGAGAAUACAGAAUUUCAAAAUUUACUCCAAAUGUGCAUUACAAUAGGUGCAACUUAUGGUGAUGUAAAUAUUGAAAGUAUGCUCUGCCCUCAAGAAAAACUGAGUGACUUUUUAUUGAAUGAUAUGUAUAUAACUAGUAUAAACCACUUUUAUACAGAAUUUCAAUAUAUAUAUGGAGCAUCCUAUAACAUAAAUGUGUGGGUAGAGGAAAAUAAAAAGCAUUCAUUUAUAAGCUUAAUUUGUUACUAUUCAACAAUUUCUGGUGAAUUGAGGUCAAUUGUUCUACACACUGAUGAGUUUCCAUAUGAAUCUAAAGUAGCAAAUGAUGCUAAAAACUGGUUUAUUUCAUUUAUUCUUAGUCAACCAGUUGUCCCAUUUAAACGAUUGAUAGUAACUGAUAAUCAUUCAAACAUGGUAUUGGCUUUCAGUGAUGAACAGUGUAUUAAAUGCUGUGUUCAGAAUUUGAAUUCUGCAUUGCAAAAAGUUGUUAAAGGAGGAAUGUCAAAUGUACAGCCUACAUACCAGGAUUUUGUAAGUUUAGUAAAUAAAUGCAUUAAUUUAGUUACAAACUUUGGACAACUUUCAAUAGAAUCCAAGUUGUUUGAACCUUUAAAAAUUCCUCCUGAUGAGAAUUGGUCUUCAAUAUUGCAAUUAUUAAAAUCAGUGCAUGAUCAUUAUGAGGAAAUUUUGAGCAUUCUUAAUCAGAGUGGUGAGAUACACUUAUUAUCUUUUGAUAAAUAUGCCAUUACAGAAAUAAUUAAUUUCUUUCGUUUAUUUGAGUCUGCUCUUCUUGAACUUUCUAGCAUUUCUGAACCUACACUGAAUAUUGUUAUACCAUGGAUAAUCAAGUUAAAAAAACAUUGUUUGCCUCAUAGCUCUGAUUCAGCUGCUAUCCAACAUUUAAAAAAAAAAUUAAGUAUUGAAAUAGAUGAACAUUUAACAAAAAAUGUAGGUAUGUUUCAUCGGAUUGCAACCCAGUUAGACCCGAGGUUCAAAAAAUUGAUUUUUUUACCUCGAGAAGAUCAGAUUGCUGCAAAUGUGAAAAUUAAAUGUCUUGUAAAAGAAUGCAUGGAAGCUCCUAUUGUUGAAGACUUUCCUGAAAAUCAGAUACAAAAUAAUUUUUCAAAUUCAUGUGAUCCAAAUCAAGAUGAUUCUAAAAGUGAAAAGUCAGCUCAUAAAGAAUUUGACCGAUAUCUUGCAGAAUCUUUCCAAUUGGUCAAUCAAGAGUUGGAUCACAAUCAAAGUAAAUUUAACCCAUUAAAAUAUUGGGCUCAAAACUGUGAUCGUUACCCAAAUCUUAGCAAAGUUGCAAUGUGGUUGCUGUCAUGUCCUGCAAGCUGUAUUCAGUCUGAUGAUUCAUACGUGGAUAAAAACUGGUUUGUGAACUGUUGCAGGGUACAUCAGAGUCCUGAACAUGUAAAUAAAACAUUAUUUGUUAAAUCAUUUCGGAAGCUUUAAAAUUAUUCAAAUUUUACUAAAUGUAAAUAGUGGUUUUUAUUAUAAAUUUUACAAAAUUA